AUAUUCUGACCAACGGUGUAACCAAGUACUUUGUGUGCUUACACUUUUUCCCUUCGAAAGUUGUAUUAAAUUUUCUAAUUGUUAUUGAUAAUAAUACAUUUAUAAAUAAAUUUUAAAAAAAUUAAUGUGAAAGAACGUAUAAGAUGAGAGUGGGAGGAUCAACGAUCCUUCUCUUUUUGUAACGAUUUAUCUUCUAUAUAAAACAAGUGUCUCAACAGGAGUUUGCUUAGUAAAAUAAAUUACUCGUCAGAGCUCUCAAAAGCGCUCGCGCUUCAUUCAACUAUUUAUAUUAUACAUUAUUCAAGUUUAUCACAAUUAGUUUUGUUAACAAAAUAUGAAACUUAAAAUAUCAAUUUGCAUACUACUAACAUGUACUCCAAUAGCUAUUUGUUUAGCCCAAAAAAAAAUGGUUGUUAUAGUACCACGUCAAGUGCGUCGUGCUGCAGGAUCACCAUGGCGUCAAUUUUCUCGUCAUCCCCAAUUUGUUGACAAUGAAAUUUUACAAUCAGCAUCAACACGCGGUCAUCCUAAUCCUACAGCUUACUUACAACCCCCAUAUAAUUUUAUUAACACUAAAACUCCUUUUCGUUUGAACAAAGACGUUAUACCGCCUCCAUCGCCACCACCAUUAUUACAACAACAACAACAACAACAACAACAAUAUAACAGUGUUGAUGACAAUUUAAAUAAUCACGAACAAGUUAAUCAUAUAUUAGUACCACAUGGCAAAAGAAUAACUCAUGGUAUAUCAUUUGGUAAAGGUUAUAUACCUCAUGAAUCAUUAAUGUAUCAUCAAACUAAUAGUUUUUUAUCGCCACAAGAUAAUCAUUCAGCACAAUCAGCAACGCAAUUGACAACUCAAAACCAUAAUGAAUAUUUUCAUAAUAAUAAUAAUAAUAAUAAUAAUAAUCAUGAUGAUUCAAUGAAUGAAAAAACAAUCAAUGAAAUACAAUCAUUAAUUUUAAAAGCAAAACAACUUGGACUACUUGCUAAUGAUGAUUAUUAUUAUGGUAACAAUGAAAAAUCAUCCAUAAAACGUGGGACCGAUGAAUCUAUUUUAAAUAAUAAUAAAGGAUUUGUUAUACAUGAUACACUAGUCUUUGAUGAUUAUAAUAAAAAAAUAACAGAGUUGGCGAAAAAUUGGCCUAGACAUUUAACUUCAUCGGGAUUUAACUUAAAUAACAAUAAUUAUGAUAACAGCUAUAAAAAUUUAGGAAGAAUAAAUGUAGCAGAAUUAUCUCAACAUUUAACAGGACACAAUAUUAAUUUCGAUAAUUAUGAAUCGAUUAAUUCUUAUAUAAACCAUAGUCCUUCAGGAUAUGCAGUAAAAGAACAAGUUGAAGAUAUUCCUCAAGAUAAUACUCAUCGUUACAAACCAAUUGUUCAAACACCCCCAAAUCAAAGUCCUGUUGCUACAGCAGCCGCUAUUAUUGCUACUGGCGCACAAGUUGUACCACAUAUUGAACAUGAAAAUUCAAAUUUAACUCCUGGUUAUUUUUCAUUACACUCACCCUCUACGAUUUAUAAUAAAUAAAUUAUUUUAAUAAAUAUAAAGGGCAUUUGAUAAAUUUAAUGUUGUAUAUAUAUAUAUCACUACCAAAGUUCAAGUCUGACAAUUAUGUUAUUUUUCUACUUUCGAUGAGGCUUAUGAGUAUUUUUUUUUUCAACUAUU